GAGUCACUCGGAUGGCCGGGGGCCGCCAUUUUCCUCCAGCGAGGGAGACAGUCGCGAACGUAGUUCCGCGCAUUGUCGACCAAUUUUUUCGUCGAAUCGAGGGAUUUUCGUGAAUAACUGGGGCGUCGGGCGGGCGCGCGUGACCCCAGUGCCCGUAUCCGAGCGAGUAUCGUUCCACGGGAGGCUCGAAGUCACCCGUGGACGCCGCGAGAGCCGUGUGAAUCGGAAUACAGAGUCAAGGCGCCGCGCGUAUACCCCUGAAACCGAGACACAUCGUAAGAACGCCGUGUGAGAGAGUGAUUAGUUUGGUGAUCGCAGUGUACCCGGUGAAAAUACACGAGUACCCAGAAGUACUGUGAACCGAAGGAAUACAGGGAGAAUCGCCUCCGACAGGAGACGGUGUUCAACAAGUCGUGAUGUGUUGGAGGUUCGGCGGUCCUUGUCCAAAAACCGACCAGAAAUCAGUGUUACGGAAGCAAUUUGUGUGACAAAGCGUAAAAGUGGAAAGUUAUAUUUUAAGACAUACAAAAAGGCUUCCUUAUCAGUGAACUGUAGGACUUCCUUGGAAGAAAGCAGGCAUUCUUAGUGACAUUGAAAGUACAAGUGAAAAAUAUAAAAAUUGGGGGGCUGUUUGACCGAUGGACAAACGGAAGAUGAUGUCCAAACGCCCUCGAAUGGAGAACCUGAGGGGUCCUAUUGCAAACGGACCCAUUCAGUCAAGACCGUUAGUGGCUUUGUUAGAUGGCCGAGACUGCUCUAUUGAAAUGCCUAUCCUUAAAGAUAUCGCAACAGUAGCCUUCUGUGAUGCGCAGUCUACAUCAGAAAUUCAUGAAAAGGUACUAAAUGAAGCAGUAGGGGCGUUAAUGUGGCACACUAUAAUUUUGACAAAAGAAGAUCUUGAAAAAUUCAAAACAUUACGAAUCAUUGUAAGAAUUGGAUCGGGAGUCGAUAACAUAGAUGUCAAAGCAGCAGGAGAACUUGGCAUCGCUGUGUGCAAUGUGCCUGGCUAUGGCGUUGAAGAAGUAGCUGACACUACUCUCUGCCUCAUUCUAAAUUUAUAUCGACGUACGUAUUGGUUGGCGAACAUGGUACGUGAAGGAAAAAAAUUCACAGGACCAGAACAGGUCAGGGAAGCUGCGACAGGAUGUGCAAGGAUACGGGGUGACACACUUGGCAUAGUUGGAUUAGGUAGGAUUGGUUCUGCGGUCGCACUGCGGGCCAAAGCUUUUGGCUUCACUGUCAUCUUCUAUGAUCCCUAUCUACCAGAUGGAAUUGAGAAGUCUCUAGGUCUUAACAGGGUCUACACACUACAGGAUUUACUAUUCCAAUCAGACUGUGUAUCCUUGCAUUGUACAUUGAACGAGCACAAUCAUCACCUAAUUAACGAAUUCACCAUCAAACAGAUGAGACCUGGCGCCUUUUUAGUCAAUACAGCAAGAGGUGGAUUGGUAGAUGAUGACGCGCUAGCCGCAGCGUUGAAACAAGGCAGAAUUCGUGCAGCAGCACUUGAUGUGCAUGAAAACGAGCCAUACAACGUCUUUCAGGGUCAGUCCUCGCAGUGUCCUUUAAAAGAUGCACCCAAUCUGUUAUGUACACCACACGCAGCAUUCUACAGCGACGCGAGCUGCACCGAGCUUCGCGAGAUGGCAGCGAGUGAAAUACGAAGAGCUAUCGUUGGUCGUAUACCCGACUGCUUACGAAACUGUGUGAACAAGGAAUACUUCCUUUCCUCGACCGGCAGCUACCCUGAGGGGAUCAACGGCGGAUACUAUUCCGGGGGGCUGCCCGUUCAACAGGCGCAUUCGACGACUCCUCACGAUUCUGCACCCCCACCUCCUGGUGGGCAUUCCGUCGUCGGCGGCGGUGGUGGUGGGGGUGGUGGCGGACCGAACUCCUCUGCAGGCGGUGCAGGCGCCGGGGGUCCUACAGGCCCUACGGGUCCAACGGUAGGCGGCGGUGGGGCUGGAGGCCCUACUUCAGCUCCUCCUACUGCUGGAUUAACCGGUAUACCACACAGCAUAGUGAGCGAGCCUGACCCCCGGCCAAGCCCACCUGCACCGAGCCCUCGUUGACCUUGAACCCCCGACGUCCACUCCAGCACCACCCUCCGAUCUAAUUUCCCUUAGCCAUUUACACACGACCUCCGACGACAAAUGGCCGAUUGACUAACGUGUGUCGUGCACGAUGUGCCCCAAAAAUCUGUCCGCUGCUUCCGAGGAACUCGAGGGAAUCCAUCCUUGAGAGAAAAAGAGUGAAAGAGAGAACGGGGGGUAGGCGGGAAGAGAAAGAAAGAAAGAGAGAGAGGAUGAAGUAACGGAGAGAGCUGAACGAAUGCUUGAAAGAAAGAAGUUGUAUGAUUGCUGUGUGCUUGUAAAAUACGUGUUUCAUUUUUUUUUUUUUUUUUUUUUUUUUGUCUUAAACGUACACGUGUUUUACCUGCAUCGGCAUCGUGUGCAUGCCUCGUAUGAAUGGUGUGCGCAUGUAUGCUGAGCUUUUGAGUCUACGUUUGGUGGACUCCUCGAAUAGUGCAUUUGAUGUAAACAUUGUGACCAAACCAAAUACAGUUGGGCAGUAAUGAUGACGGAUUAUGAAAUGUCGUGGCUAAACGGAGGAAAUAACAAACGGUGGGUAAGAAUUCUCUGUGUGUCGUAAUUUUGUAUAAAAAUGAAGAAAAAGAAUCACUUCAUACUUAACCGCACGUGACUUUAGAGGACGCAAAACUGAACGAUACAAAACGAUGUUGUUGAUUAUUUCUUUUUUUUUGUUUGUUUAAUUCUUUCUUUUCUUUCUUUUUUCGAAGGUCGAUUGGUAAUUAGUUCCUCGAGCCCCAUGAUCAGUUCUUCCUUUUAUGAUAACCUGCAGCAUCGAGAAGUACAUUGGCUAGUCAUAGAGUACAAAUCAAACAUGGGUGACAUUGUAACAUCUGGCACGUAUAGUUGAAAAGUAUGUUGAAAAAACGAAUUUAGCCUAAAUGUCUGUGUAUGUUUCAUUGACGAUAUUUCUCUUCCAAUUGAUAGGUUAACGAAAUCUAGGGAAUGUUAAUCAAAUUCCAGAAUGUUAUUUUUUAUUUUCUAUUCUCAACGUAGAAUUCCAUUUUGUAAUUUCUUUUUAGUAUUUCAUAAAUAUCUUCUGAUAUAAAUAAAUGAAAAAAAACCUCCCUGUUCGAUAUGGAUAUUACAUAUAUGUAUAUAUAUAUAUAUAUGUUCGAUUAAUUACAUAUUUCAUUUUGAAGUAUGAGAAAAUAUGGAUUUAGUCUUUUCUCGCAAGGUCAUACAUUAUUUCGCCACACUGUAUUUGGGUUCGCGCAUGCUCUUUAGUUUUUUGUUUCUAAAAGAACCAUACUCCCAAGAGCAUAUAUUAAUUAUAGAUAUAUAAUUUGGCAACUUCAGUAAUUUUUACAAACUUUGUUUCUUUCGUGGACGUUGUAAUUCUCUCAGUGUUAGUAUGUUUAUUAUUAAAAUGAAAAUGUAGUUGCUCACUGAUAUACAUUUUUAUGUUUUUACUCCGUGAUCAUGAAAAUGCUGCGUAAAGUCCAAGAAAACCCUGGUGUCGAAAGUGGUAACGAGAAAAAUUAAACCAGAGAAGUUUAGUAAUAAAUAUUAUCGUAUCUGUGGUAAACGAGAAAAAAAAAAAUGAAUGCGGACAAAGGUGAAAAGGAAAACCGAGGAAGUAUGUAAUCCGUUGGGGCAUUCUCGAAGCGUUGUUGUGGGGGGGAGGGUACUUCACCACCGCUGUGUUGGUAGUACUGAGUAGAACUUCAUCAACCGAAUGCCUGGUUUAUUGUAAUUUUCAAACGUCGUUAUCGAUGCAGAGUAGACGCAUUUCAAUUGCCUUACGAUAUUCGUGUAUAAUUAAAAAGUAAGGUUUGUUUCAUUUCAAUUAUAUCGAUCCGAUGAAUAAAAUUGUAUCUGACGAAGAAGAGAGAGAAAAAAAGAAAAAGAAAAAUCCUUGUGUUCUUGGAGAGAAAGGAGAGAGAGAGACUCUUGGUGAACCUAAUUUUAUAUAAAUCUCAGUUACGAUCGAAAUAUGGUACCGAGUUACCGGUUGUAAAUUUUUCUUCUAUUUUGUAAUGAAAAUAAAGUGUGUAUAUAGAAGCGAUUGUUUGAGUUACAGGGAACUAUAUAUAUAUAUGAUCUUUUGUAUUGAAUGUUAGGGUUUUUUUUUUAUUUUUAUGUGUAUUAAGGAGUGAUAGGUGGGAUGAAAGAUAUAUAUUUUCGAAUGGUAUGACUCGUAGGCGAUUGUUGACCACGAUGUUUCUUCUCUCUCCUUCUUUUCGAGGAUGCUAUUCAUCCGGGACGUUCAUCGGUAUCGAUCGAGAUCGUUAUGCACGGGUGUAUAGUAAGAGAGAAAAAAAAAAAAGAAAAA